AUGCCAAAGCGACGCCACCACUCGGACUUAGACGCCGAAUACGACACAGGCUCUGAGGAAUCUCCAUCACGACUGCAUUCUGCACGCCGUCCGCGGUUGAACCUCGCGCAGGAUGGCGAGUCUCUCCAGUCAUCACAAGACAGCUCUGACACCACACCUCCCUCAGGCUCUGCCAGUGCGGCUACUAUUCACCUACUCUCUAGUGACUUAUGCCCUGCUUGGGACUCCUUAACUUCUGCUGACCAAGAGAUCAUCUUUCGAGACUGGAAACGGAUUCUAUCAACUACUGAUGUCAUUGCAUAUCCGACUCUUGCGCUGCUCCCGGAGCUCGGCCUAUGUGAUCGACCCUCCCAUGGAGGGGUCAUCCUCGCCAACCAUCCCGACAUAUGGCGUUUGGCCGAAAAUCUGAGGAGUGCGGAUAGAGAGAAUCCUCGUCCAUAUUAUGAAUUAAUGAGUCACACUGCAUUUUCCACUGUACGGGUCGCUAAGGUAAAGCCCGAGGGUGUACAACCAGUGCCUCUCCCGUCGAACGUCUACACAGAAGGGCCCUCUCCAUACAAAUCUAAAGUCCACGUAUCGACUACAGAGCUCAGACAGGGAAUUAAGGCGGCCCUUGAUCAAUUCGACGAAAAGUUCAAAGCUUUUGCUGACGGCAAGAAACUGUCUGAUCGGUUCGGCACGCACAAAGGGGCCGAAUUCGUCAACUUACUUCUGCAAGAACUAGGUUUGGACCCAUCAAUCGUCGAAAGAGCAAAGGAUUUCUUCACCAUCGAGAAGAACGUUCUGUUCCCAAAUGUCUCUGGGGCUGGAAAGUCUCGCAUCGCCCUGGAAUGCCUUCUGCUUGCCUGGGGUUUCUAUAUCUCUUUCACGGAGGCUAGAGGGGCUCAGGUCGCUGCUGAAAGCGAACAUGGACGUGGCUCGACUGACUUGCAAUGGGUAAUGAACGAGAUGCCUCUGUUCAGCGAGUGGCACGCGCAGCCUACUUCGAAGGAAGCAUUCGAUGCGAACAAGGCUGUUGCUGAGCGAUGCUUCGCAAUGAUCCUCUUGGCUCGCUUGUCGGUCUUGCUCAGGUUCCUCCAAAGUGUUCCAUCGUGGUGGACCGAGAAGGAGUGUCGCCUGGAGUGGGUCAUUCUCCAGGCUGACCCACUACUCGCUGGCUGUAAUAGGCUCACGCAAGGAGUCGAUAUCUUCCGUCGCAUAGCGGAGUGUGGACGACACUGUGAUAUGGAGACACUAAGGGUGGAGAUAACCUACCUAUGGUCGGAAAUCGCGCAGACCAGAUGGUUUGCUCGCGGGCCAGGCGCCAUCGGCAAGGAACGUUUCAUUGUCUUUUGGGACGAGGCACAAGUAGGCCUGAGUGGAGAGCUUUCGAAUCAUUUCUGCUCCGAAACGAGUAUCAAGAUCAAACGCCCCCCGCUGUCCGUGUUGCUCAAAGCUUCAACAGAAUACGCAUUUCUGGACAGAUACAUGGUUUGUGGGACGGGACUCUCUCUGGGCGAGGCGACGAGGGUGCUCGAGUCCAGCGCUUUCAAGGACAGUCCGACGGUGACGCUCACUGGGGCAGGCAGCUUCGACGCGGACGGAGUCGAGGAGUACUUGACCAAGCAUCUGGACAGCCUACUAUCUUGCGGUAGCAACCCAAGCCACGCGUGGCUCCUCGAGCGAUGCAAGAGGUGGUUUCCGGGAAGUCGCAUCACGGACGGCUUUACUCCGAAUGACGCAGGUGAUUUCCUGGCCUUGGAGCCCGAGCUCACUCUGGCGGAGGCGGCUUACCUGGACACAAAGUUGCCUAUAGUCAACUGGUCAAACUUCGAUGCGCUUCCUGACGCUGAAAGGCUGCAGUUGAUGGGCGAUAUGACGAACGCGUCCCUACGCUUCCUUAUCGGCAGCAAACACACCAAUGUUAGAACGAAAUCCGUGGUCGCUCUCGAGAUCGGUCUGGGACGCAUUCACAAGGACAAUAUGGAGAAUCUAAAUGACCCUGGCCCGAUCUACAUCGACGAACCGGUCGCCCUUGCUACCAUCAUCAAACACUUCGCUCAGGAGGACCGAAUGGAUUGGAUAAACCAGCUGUCGAAUGCCAUGCUCAAUAACCAGAUGAACGGAUACGUGCUCGAGUGGCAGGUGAUAUUUCUGUUCUUGGAGCACUUCGGUGGCGUCUAUACCCCCAUUGACCACGCAUUCGAGUUAUCUGACUUGCCAGAAUGGAGCUGGCUCAAAGACCGAAAGGUGACUUUGGUCGGCGUCAAGCACAUGGGCGGCUCUGACUAUCGCUCGUUCUCUGUGAACUGGGACAAAGCGCCUCAUCUCCCUUUUGGCUACGAUGCUCCUUCUGGCGACAAGAUGGCCUCUGCACUAGAACGCUGCAACGGAACUGCUUUCUUUCGCCCCGACCCGUUCUGUCGUCCUGAUGUCCUCCUCACCCUCCGAGACGAAUAUGGGAACUUGAUUGGUGUUCUUGUUCAGGCUAAGCUGAGCUCUGGGAAGGGUACUAUAGUGUCGCAUAUCUCGAAGGCUGUUUUCGACAAGGCCGUUAGUUCAUUAGAGCCGAAAAAUAUAUACUCCAGGAAAACCUCGGAGGCUCCCCUCGGCGAGAAUGGAACUCCUGUCAAGCGUCCAUCACAGAAGGUCAAAAAUAGGGUGCUUCAGGCCUUCGACAAGAUGCUCGAUGCUACCAACGGCGACACAGUACGUGGGGAUUCUUCCCUUCCACGGCGCAACCCUCGGCGUUCGACUCGUCACCAAGAACGUGUGCCUCCGAAAUGGUUGCGUGUGUUGGCCAUUGGACCGGCCAGCACGGAUCGAUACUUCGGCGAGGAAGCUCGCAAGCCGCAUCCUUACCCUUCACUUUUGGUCAAGAACGAGCGUAUGGUCGAACUGUUUGGAGCGAAUUGGUGGAACUCGACGAGACAGAAUGUGUCUGUUGACCCAUUCUGA